AAAGACAACAGAACCCUGAGGUGCUGAGGAUUUCAAUUCAGUCCUCCCUCCGUCCUUACAAAAUCAACAAUGGAUAUAAUCAGAAAUACCCGAAGCUUCACAUUAAGUUAUCCAUCUCUCUCCUUCAUCAACAAAAAAACCAUUUCAAUCACAUCCUUACGGCAGCUCAAUCCACCACUUCUCUCUCUACAAACCAAUCCAUUUCCCAAACUCAGCGUUUAUAAAACCUCAACAACAGACCAAGUCUCCUCCUUUACAGUAGACUACCUCGUACGCUCAUGCGGAUUGUCUCUAGAAGCAGCAACCUCAGCUUCCCUCAAAAUACAAUUAGACUCCCCAGAGAAACCAAAUUCAGUACUAACCCUUUUGAAAACCAAAGGUUUUACCAAAACCCAGAUCUCCAAACUUAUAAAGAAGCGACCUUUUCUACUCUUAGCACAUCCCCAAAAUACCCUCUUGCCCAAACUUGAAUUCUUCUACUCCAUUGGGGUUUCAAAUUCUGAUCUUGCAAGAAUUUUAACUUCAGAUCCUACUGUUCUGACCAGAAGCUUGGAGAAUCAAAUUAUACCCUCUUACAACUAUCUUAAGAGUAUCUUGUUUGCUAAUGAAAAGAUUGUGUCUGCUUUAAAGCGAACUACUUGGAUUUUCCUAGAGGAUCAUUCCAAGAAUUUAGGACCAAACAUUGAGCUUUUAAGUGAAGUUGGUGUACCACAUUCUUGUGUUUCAUUACUGCUGACUCAUUUCCCUGAGGCUAUGAUGCAGAGGCACGGCGAGUUCGGUAAGACUGUGAAGGAGGUGAAUGAGAUGGGAUUUGAUCCGAAGAAAUCGACAUUUGUGUUGGCGGUUCAUGCGAUUUCUGGGGAAGGUAAUAAGUCGAUUUGGAAGAGAUGUUUCGAGGUUUAUUCGCGGUGGGGUUGGUCUAAAGAUGAGAUAUUUGCAGCGUUUAAUAAGCAUCCGCAUUGUAUGAUGCUGUCCGAGAAGAAGAUUAUGAGAACUAUGGAUUUUUUUGUGAAUAAAAUGGGGUUGAGUUCUAAGGUUAUUGCUGACUGCCCUGUGGUAUUGUUUUUCAGCUUGGAGAAGAGAAUAAUUCCUAGGUGUAGAGUUAUUCAGGUUUUGAUGAAUAGGGGAUUGGUAAAAGAUGUGAGCUUGGCUACGGUUUUGAUUCGAGUAGAGGGGUUUUUUCUGGAGCGGUUUGUGACGAAGUUUGAGGAGGAAGUGCCUCAAUUGUUGAGUGUGUAUCAGGGGAAGAUAGAUCCUGAUGAAGUGUAAUUUGUAGUUGUUUUUGGACUGAUUUGCUGUUGGUUUGCAGAUCCAAGAAACCGCAGAUAAUUUGUUCACUAUACUAAAUUGAUAGCUUGUUAUUCUUUGGUAAUGAUGAUGCAAUUGAUUUUUUCUUUUUUA